AGUGCACCAUUGAUCGUUCAACGGAAAAGACGUUGAGAGUCAGACCUGUGAAAAAGUGAAGGCAUAGUUUAAUUUAGCUAAAAGUACAACAUCGUGAUCAAGCAAUCUUUCUGUUUAUUCGAGUGGACACCAAUUUUUUAUAUUUCUAUUUGUUAUUCACAUAACAUAAUCGAGUGAUUGAAACAAACCUUUCUUUUUAUUAUGCAAUAAGUUGUUGCUUCUCCUAAAGCUGAUUAAGUAAAAAAUAAAAAUACGUCGCGAAACCGGUUGUAUUAAAAGAAAGUAAAUAUUUAAAGGCACAUUUCGUUGUCGAACGCACGAAUCGAUUAAAAGUGUGCGGUUUUUCUUUGAUGAAAUAACGAUUUGUAUCUGAUAGCACAAAUUCCUUCAAAACCGAAAAAGAAAUAUUUACUUCAGAGAAUAUUAUUCAAGGAAAACAACAUAUUCAACUGAAGAACAAAGGCAACGGAACGGAUUCCGAUGAGCCCAAAAGAAUUUUAAUUACAGACAAUUUGUAUCGUGGAACAUUUUUCGCACCGCAGAGAGAUUUUUAUGCAGAAAUAAAAACAACAACAAACGACUGAGUAAUUGAAAGUUAAGUGUUUGGUCGUGAUCUCACAUACCAGAAAUCAAUACGUUCAUCAUGAUGAAUAAGAUUCUUGCCGUUGUCGCCGCACUCUGUUUAACAACAAUUAUUGGUUGUAAUGCACAGAAAAGGGAGCAGGAAGAUCCGUGCAAAACAAAAGCCCGUGUCGUUGGUGAUGUGACCUAUUGCGAUCGAUACUGGGAAUGCGGCAGUGACAAUCAACCAGAAUUAUAUGAUUGUCCAAAUGGCUUAGUUUUUGCUGGUAAACAUCGGGGAGUCACCGAAGGAUGCGAUUAUCCGUGGCGUUCCGAUUACUGCGAUGGCAAACAAUUAGCAAAUGGCCCAGUUCAGACAGAUCACUGCGAUUGGUUGUAUGGAAUUUUCGGGCAUGAAACCUCUUGCACGCGCUACUGGACUUGCUGGAAUGGAACAGCUACCGAGCAACUGUGUAUCGGUGGUCUUCUUUACAACGAAAACGCCCAUUCAUGCGACUGGCCCGAGAAUGUCGACGGAUGCCAAAAACAUCCUUUGUGCAAUGACGACGCAAAUGGAAAUGUUCCACUCGGAAAGAGCUGCAAUAGGUAUUGGCAGUGUCAAGGUGGUUAUCCUCGUUUACAACGUUGCCCAGCAAUGCUUGUUUUCGAUCGCAGAUCAUCGCGAUGCGUAGUUCCACCAACUGAAGACUGUGACAUACCAACUUCAACUCCAUCGCCCGAUGGCGGUGAUUUACAGGAAAAUGUGCCAUUGCCAAGCCGAGGCAAUGAUAAUGCCGGAUCUCACGACCAUCAAAGGCAACUCGAAGAAGUUGACAACGACGGUGUCGUACCGCAUCUAUUGAUAAACACGUUCAGACAUAGAAAACCUUAAACAGUAUUCAAGCGCACUGUUUUGCACACAGCAAUGCAACAAAACACAUUUUAAAUUUUAAAUUCCAUUCUUCAUUUUAUUCUUUUCUCUACUAAUAUGUUUUUCAAACUAAUUGAAAAUAUGCCUAAAAUCAUGAUUUACUACAUAUUAAAUGUAAACAAAAAAAAAUCCAAAUCGAA